AUGUCGGAAGUUCCACACUACGUGCUCUAUGAGCACGCAGUUGGAUAUGCGUUAAUGAAGGUGAAAGAGUUCGAGGAUGCUGGAUUGAUUGUUCAAGAGGUUGAUGCUUCAAUUGCUGAUGUGUCGAAAUUUUGUGGAGUCGUGAAACUAGCUGCUUUCGAUCCUUUCAAGAACACAGAGGCAGCUCUCGAGAAUGCCAAUGCAAUUUCAGAAGGUUUGGCGCAUCCGGAUCUGAUCAACUUUCUCGAAAGCAGUCUUCCCAAGAAGAAGAAAAAACUACUUUUGGGUGUAAAUGAUUCAAAGCUGGCCGGUUCGCUUACUGAAGCGGACCUUGGCAUCCAGCUAAUAUUUGGAGGUGUUGUUACCGAGAUUCUUCGUGGUGUUCGUGUACAUUUUGCUCAUCUUGCUAAGGACCUACCACAUCAUUCACUAGCCAAGGCACAACUGUCCCUUGGUCAUAGUUAUUCCCGUGGAAAGGUGAAAUUCGAUGUGCAUCGUGUGGACAACAUGGUUAUCCAGUCGAUUGCGCUCCUUGAUCAACUUGAUAAGGACAUUAACCUGUUCGGAAUGCGCAUCCGUGAAUGGUACUCCUACCACUUCCCAGAGCUUUUCAAACUUGUUCCUGAUCAGUAUAAAUACGCAAGACUGGCUGUUGCUAUAUUAGAUCGUAAUAAGAUAAGCGAGAACGAGAACAUUCACGCUGAAAUCACGGAAAUUGUUGAGGAUGAGGAUAAGGCUACGGAAAUUUUGGAGGCUGCACGUACAUCAAUGGGAAUGGAUAUUUCCGAAAUGGAUUUGGCAAAUAUUGAACGAUUUGCUUCGCGUGUGGCUUCUUUGACGGAAUAUCGGCAGCAGCUUCAUGAGUAUAUCAAGGAUCGUAUGAACAGUUGCGCUCCUUCGCUAAGCGCUUUAAUUGGAGAGCAGGUUGGAGCUCGUCUCAUUUCGCAUGCUGGAUCGCUGACCAAUUUGGCGAAGUAUCCAGCGUCAACAGUACAGAUUUUGGGAGCUGAGAAGGCAUUGUUCAGAGCCUUAAAAACCAGAUCGGCUACUCCUAAAUAUGGACUUCUUUUCCAUUCAUCUUUCAUUGGCAGAGCGUCGGCGAAAAAUAAGGGAAGGAUUUCCCGAUUCCUCGCUAACAAGUGUACUAUUGCAUCAAGAAUUGAUUGUUUCUCGGAGGUUCCUGUGCCUACUUUUGGUGAAUUUCUGAAAGGACAGGUUGAAGAACGCCUGAAAUACUUCGAAACCGGUGAGAUCCCGCAAAAGAAUAUUGAUGUAAUGGCAAAAGCACAGGAUGAGGCAAAAACUGUGCAGGAGAAGGUUCUCAAGAAACGAAAGAAGGCCGCUAAGAAGGCUAAAAAGAUAAAAGAAGAGGCUGAAGCUGCUGAAGGUGUCGAAGCAACUCCUGAAAAGAAGCCUAAGAAACGCGCGGCUGAAGAGCCUGCGGAAGAAGUCGAAGCAGAGGUUACGGAGAAACCAAAGAAGAAGAAAAAGAAGGCGAAGAAGCGAGCAGAGUCAAACAUGGUAAGAGAGUUCAGUCCACGUGGUGGUAGCGGAGGAUUCCGUGGAGGCGGAGGUGGCGGAUUCCGAGGUGGUCGAGGCGGCGGAGACCGGGGAGGAUUCAGAGGAGGCCGAGGUGGAUUCGGUGGCGGUGACCGUGGAAGUUUUAGGGGAUCACCGCGCGGUGGCCGCGGUAGCCCACGUGGUCGUGGAUCCCCGCGUGGAGGACGAGGAGGUGGUGGUAUGAGAGGAGGAAAAACCGUUAUUGUAGAACCACAUAGAUAUGAAGGAGUGUUCAUCGUCAAAGGAAAGGAGGACGCUCUCGCCACCAGGAACAUGGUCGUCGGAGAGUCUGUUUACGGCGAGAAAAGAGUUUCUGUAGACGAUGGAUCUGGAACGUCGGUUGAGUACAGAGUGUGGAACCCGUUCCGAUCUAAGCUGGCUGCAUCUAUGAUGGCUGGAUUAGAAGACGUACACAUAAAGCCGGGAACAAAGCUUUUGUAUCUUGGUGCUGCUUCGGGAACCACUGUUUCACAUUGUUCCGAUAUCGUCGGACCGGAUGGUAUCGUUUACGCAGUAGAGUUUUCUCACCGUUCCGGCCGUGAUCUUCUUAAUGUUGCCAAGAAAAGACCUAACAUUGUACCUAUUGUUGAAGACGCCCGACAUCCUCACAAGUACAGAAUGCUUGUUGGUAUGGUAGACACGAUAUUCUCUGAUGUUGCGCAACCAGAUCAAGCUCGUAUUGUUGCUUUGAAUGCACACAACUUCUUGAAAAAUGGUGGACAUGCAGUGAUCUCAAUUAAAGCUAACUGUAUUGACAGUACGGCAGAACCAGAAGCUGUAUUUGCUGGAGAAGUUAACAAAUUGAAGGAGGAGAAAUUUAAGCCGAGAGAACAGGUUACGUUAGAGCCGUAUGAAAGGGAUCAUGCUGUUGUUGUUGCUGAAUACCGAGCAAAGGGUAAGGCUAAGUAG